UUUUCAGCAGUAUGGAUUAAAUUGUUAGAGACGUCUGGGUAGAGUUCAAAAUGACGGCGCCCGUGGACGAGAAUUUAGAAGAAUCGACCUGAACUUCAAAUACAUCAGUCCUCGCUCCCCUGCAUUACACCCUCCGUUCGGCCCAUGAAACUACCUCAACCUGCCCAGCAGCAGCCUCUAGUUGAGGGAGACGAUCCCAAACCCCGGCCCUACUGUUGCUGCAGCAUGUCCUACACCGCCCCCAAGAUCUCCAGCUCCAAGAUCGUGGCCCUCUGCUCCAUGGCCAAUUUCAUCAACGCGGCGGACCGCGUCAUCAUGCCCAUCGCCGUGGUGCCCAUGACGGACGAGUACCACUGGAACAUGGGAGUACAGGGAUGGAUACUCAGCGCUUUCGCCUAUGGCUACAUCAGUAGCCAGGUGAUUGGGGGCAAAGCGGCGCUGAGGUUCGGCGGUCGCAUGACCCUGGGCAUAGCGGUCACCGUCUGGUCGCUAGCCACCUUCAUGACGCCGAUCCUGUCCCAGACCGUCAAUCUCCUCAUCAUGUCCCGCAUCCUGCUGGGCUUCGCCGAGGGCUUCUGCCUCCCAACCAUCUUCCACAUCUUCGCCCAGCACGUGCCCGUGGAGGAGCGGUCCCGGGCCUUCGGCUACCUGGUGGCGCUGGGGUCUGUCGGACAGACCGUUGCUUCAGUGAUUUGCCCUCAUCUGUCCUGGCCGAUGAUGUUCUACGUCUUUGGAUGUAUCGGUCUCCUCUGGGCAUUCAUAUGGGUCUUGCUCUUUAGAGAUGAGACUCCUGAUAUAGACCCACAGCUACUCUACAACCCAACGCUGGACACCACCAACAGCGUGCGGUGGACCAGCUACAUCUCCCACCGGUCCCUGUGGGCCAUCUACGCCGCCCACUUCGCCAUGAACUGGUCCAACUACAUCGUGCUGUCCUGGCUGCCCACCUACCUACAGAGGCACCUGGGGGCUAACUCUAAGGACAUAAGCUUCACCGCGUUGCCCUACAUCAUGAAUUCACUGGUCGGAGUCAUUGCGGGUCACCUCGCAGAUUCACUGAUCUCCAAGAAGCAUUGGACAGUUCUGUCAGUCCGCAGGUUAAUGACCAGCAUCGGUCUGAUUGGUCCGUCUCUGUUCCUGCUGUGCUUCAGCUACGUUGACAGUCUGGCACUGGCAGUAUGUUUUGUGUCGAUAUCGUUGGGACUCUGUGGCUGUAACUCAUCAGGCCACAUGAGUAACCAUCCAGACGUAGCCCCCAACCACGCAGGCAUCACGUUUGCUGUCUCCAACACACUGGCCACACUACCUGGCCUGGCCUGCGGACCAGUCACGGCGCUGGUUGUCGGCUCCACCGGUUACUGGUACCCGGUCUUCGUCAUGGCGUCGGCCGUCAACAUAGGGGGCGCCCUCAUCUACGUCAGCCAGAGCUCGGCGAGCCAGAUCCUGUAGUCUGUAAGUGCCCUGUUCUUGUCUCGUUUCUUGGGAGCAGUCUUUUAAUCACACGGAGCUCCUAAUUUCAGCCUGCCACCGUAUGUGGAUAUUAAGUGGAUAUUUUACAAACCGAGCGGUUUGGAAGACGUAGAUGGAGAGAAUUUCAUCAUUAUAGAUGCUGCAUGCUUGCAUCUACCUUGGGAUGUAAUGUGAAACCUGUCUGUACAUGGGCGUCGUUAGGGGGCAAGGGGGGGCGCUUGCCCCCCUGGAAAAGCAAAAAAAAAAAAAAAAGGAAGAAAAAA